AUGAAGGGAGUCACUUUUCUAACAAGCAAUUUGAGGCUUUACUUGCAAGAUAUGGAGUGCGACACAAAACUACUUUGCCUUACCAUCCUCAAAGUAAUGGUUAAGCAGAGAUUUCAAAACGAAAGGACAGCUUUCAAGACACCUAUUGGCAUGUCGCCAUAUAGGUUGGUUUUUGGGAAGGCAUGUCACCUUCCGGUGGAACUUGAGCAUCGAGCUUUCUGGGCUAUGAAGACACUGAAUAUGGGCAUGGCAGCAGCAGGAGAAAAGAGAUUGCUACAAUUAAAUGAGAUGGAAGAGUUUAGAAAUGAGGCAUAUGAGAACGCCAAAAUUUACAAGCAACAAACAAAGGUUUGGAAUGACAAAAACCUUGUUUGGAAAGAAUUUCAACCAGGUCAGCAGGUAUUAUUAUUUAAUUCAAGAAUGAAGUUGUUAUUAGGCAAGCUGAAAUCGAGGUGGUCUGGGCCUUACACUGUUGUUAAGGUGUUUCCAUAUGGCGCAGUUGAAGUAACGACUGAGAAGACCGGUAAUUUUAAGGUGAAUGGGAAAAUAUUGAAGCUCUACUUGGGUGGUCAUUUUGAUUAG